AUGGGCGACAAGGUACGCUGGCCGAAAGAAAUGAGAUCAAACCCAAAUAGACAAAAUUCUGAUCAUUGGUGCGAGUUUCAUCACGAUCACGGUCACAAAACGGCGGAUUGUAGAUUGCUACAGGGUGAAGUUGACCAUUUGUUAAAGCAGGGAUAUCUUACUGAGUUGUUUAGUGAAAAAGGUAAACAAGCAUAUAUGAAAAACAGGCAGGAACCUCCUAAACCUCCUUCACCAAAAAGGACCGUUAACGUUAUAAGCGGGGGAGAAGAAAUUAAUGGCGUGACGUACACGGCAGCCAAGAAAGUUUCAAAAGUUUCAGUUACACACGGGAAGCGGGUCCGACAUGUUUCGGAGGAGGAGAGUAUUACAUUUGAUGAUGCAGAUGCGGACGGUAGUUCCGUGAACAUCAUUUUACUAAGAGUAUUAAACGAGAUGCAAGCCGAAGAUAAGCUAGUACCUAAGGCACAUACGUUAUCUGGCUUUGACAAUUCAAGCGUCAUGACAGAAGGGGAGGUAGUACUUACAACAUUCGCAGAGGGAGUUGUCAAAGAUACGAAAUUUCAAGGGGUAGAGAUGGAUAUGGCUUACAAUAUGAUUCUCGGGAGACCAUGGAUUCAUGAAAUGGAUGCUGUUCCAUCUACCUUACAUCAAGUCAUUAAAUUCCCAUCACAAUGGGGAAUCCGUCAAAUCCGUGGUGAUCAACAAACACCUAGGAGCAUCAACUCCGUAGCAGAUUCAAGCACAAAAAAUAAAGAAAAAUAG